GCAGAGCCCGCGAGCGAGCAGCGUCGGGUGGCCCCGGCCCGGCCCCGCCCCCGGCCCGCCAGCCCAGCCCGCGCCCGGCCGCGCUCGGGAGCCCAGCGCCAGCCCUCGCCCCCUCGCCGCGCCUCCGCCUGCCCGCCCCCGCCGGCCGAGGCUGGGUUGCGGGAGGCGGCCAGGCGUCCCCGAGCCUUGCCAGGGCGACCCAAACAAAGGCAGCAUCCGGGCUCGGCGGGAGGCAGAGCAUCAUGAGAGACUGGGUCCUCUCUGUCCCCGGCUCCGCUGCUGCCGCUGCUGCCGCCGCCGCCGCCGCCGCCGGGAGGGCUACGCUGUAAGCUUGGAAAGCAGGGGCGCAGCUGCGGGGCGUGAAUCCGAAAGGUGAGAGCGAGAGCCAGCGAGCCGAGGGGGCGGGCAGGCCACGAAAAUGUCCUCAGCCGUGGGGCCCCGCGGUCCUCGCCCACCCACGGUGCCUCCCCCUAUGCAAGAACUGCCUGACCUGAGCCACCUGACCGAGGAAGAGAGGAACAUUAUCAUGGCAGUGAUGGACCGGCAGAAGGAAGAGGAGGAAAAAGAAGAGGCCAUGCUCAAGUGUGUUGUCAGGGACAUGGCGAAGCCUGCUGCCUGCAAAACACCAAGGAAUGCUGAAAGCCAGCCCCCUCAGCCACCACUGAACAUUUUCAGAUGUGUCUGUGUUCCCCGAAAGCCAAGCAGCGAAGAGGGAGGCCCAGAAAGAAACUGGAGAUUGCAUCAACAGUUUGAAAGCUAUAAAGAACAAGUGAGAAAGAUUGGAGAGGAAGCACGGCGGUACCAGGGCGAGCACAAGGAUGAUGCCCCGACAUGUGGAAUCUGUCAUAAGACUAAGUUCGCUGACGGAUGUGGCCAUCUUUGCUCCUAUUGUCGCACCAAGUUCUGUGCACGCUGUGGAGGCCGUGUGUCUCUGCGCUCGAACAAUGAGGACAAAGUGGUUAUGUGGGUAUGCAAUUUAUGUCGAAAGCAGCAAGAGAUCUUAACCAAAUCUGGAGCAUGGUUCUUUGGAAGUGGCCCUCAGCAGCCCAGUCAGGACGGGACUCUGAGUGACACAGCUACAGGUGCUGGAUCUGAGGUGCCGAGAGAAAAGAAAGCGCGACUCCAAGAGCGAUCAAGGUCUCAGACACCUUUGAGUACGGCAGCUGCCUCGUCUCAGGACACUGCCUCCCCUGGUGCACAAGUGGACAGGAGUAAAGGGGCAGAGCCCUCACAGCAAGCCGUGGGACCUGACCAGAAGCAGACAUCAAGGUCUAGAAGUGAGCCACCAAGGGAAAGGAAGAAGGCUCCAGGGCUUUCGGAGCAGAAUGGCAAGGGAGGCCUGAAGAGCGAGCGCAAACGCGUGCCUAAGUCCGCGGUGCAGCCUGGGGAGGGGACCGCGGAAGAGCGGGAGCGGAAGGAAAGGCGGGAAACCCGCAGGCUGGAGAAAGGACGCUCCCAGGACUACCCGGACCGGCCGGAGAAAAGAGAGGAUGGCAGGGCGGCGGAGGACGAGAAGCAGAGGAAAGAGGAGGAGUACCAGACCAGGUACCGCAGCGACCCGAACCUGGCGCGCUACCCCGUGAAGCCGCCUCCCGAGGAACAGCAGAUGCGCAUGCACGCCCGGGUGUCCCGCGCGAGGCACGAGCGGCGCCACAGCGACGUGGCCCUCCCGCACACCGAGGCUGCAGCCGCGCCGGCCGAGGCCACGGCGGGCAAGCGCGCGCCAGCCGCCACCAGGGCCUCUCCGCCCGAGUCCCCCCGCGCGCGCGCGCCUGCCGCCCAGCCUCCCGCCGAGCACGGCCCGCUGGCUCCACGGCCGGUCCCGGGUCCCGCAGAGCCGCCCGAGCCGCGCGUCCCCGAGCCGCUCCGUAAGCAGGGCCGCCUGGACCCGGGCUCGGCCGUGCUCCUGCGCAAGGCCAAGCGCGAGAAGGCAGAGAGCAUGCUGCGGAACGACUCCCUGAGCUCCGACCAGUCCGAGUCCGUGCGACCGUCCCCGCCCAAGCCGCACCGGCCCAAGCGGGGAGGCAAGAGGAGACAGAUGUCGGUGAGCAGCUCGGAGGAAGAGGGCGUGUCCACACCGGAGUACACCAGCUGCGAGGACGUGGAGCUGGAGAGCGAGAGCGUGAGCGAGAAAGGUGACUUGGAUUAUUACUGGCUGGAUCCUGCGACGUGGCACAGCCGGGAAACGUCGCCUAUUAGUUCGCAUCCUGUAACGUGGCAGCCAUCAAAAGAGGGAGACCGAUUAAUUGGCCGUGUUAUUCUUAACAAAAGAACAACCAUGCCCAAAGAAUCAGGUGCAUUAUUGGGUCUAAAAGUGGUUGGAGGAAAAAUGACAGACUUAGGACGUCUUGGUGCUUUCAUCACCAAAGUGAAGAAGGGCAGCCUGGCAGAUGUAGUUGGACACCUAAGAGCAGGGGAUGAAGUUCUAGAAUGGAAUGGUAAACCCCUGCCGGGAGCAACAAACGAAGAAGUUUACAACAUUAUUUUAGAAUCAAAAUCAGAACCUCAAGUUGAAAUUAUUGUUUCAAGGCCUAUUGGUGACAUCCCCCGGAUCCCUGAGAGUUCCCAUCCUCCCCUGGAAUCCAGUUCAAGUUCCUUUGAAUCUCAGAAGAUGGAAAGGCCUUCCAUUUCUGUUAUUUCUCCAACCAGCCCUGGAGCUCUGAAAGAUGCCCCACAAGUCCUACCUGGGCAGCUCUCUGUAAAGCUGUGGUAUGAUAAAGUGGGACACCAGCUGAUUGUAAAUGUUCUACAAGCAACGGAUCUACCCCCUAGAGGAGAUGGGCGCCCCAGGAAUCCCUAUGUAAAAAUGUAUUUUCUUCCCGAUAGAAGCGACAAAAGUAAAAGGAGGACCAAAACUGUAAAGAAAAUUCUAGAACCAAAAUGGAACCAAACAUUUGUCUACUCGCAUGUACAUCGUAGAGAUUUCCGGGAGCGAAUGUUGGAAAUUACUGUGUGGGAUCAGCCAAGAGUCCAAGAGGAAGAAAGUGAAUUUCUUGGAGAGAUUCUCAUAGAGCUGGAGACGGCACUUUUGGAUGAUGAGCCCCAUUGGUAUAAACUCCAGACACAUGAUGAAUCCUCACUACCUCUGCCUCACCCAUCGCCGUUUCUGCCAAGGCGGCAUAUCCACGGAGAGAGCUCCAGCAAGAAGCUGCAAAGAUCUCAGCGAAUCAGUGAUAGUGACAUCUCAGAUUAUGAGGUUGAUGAUGGUAUUGGAGUAGUGCCUCCAGUGGGUUAUAGAUCUAGUGCUAGAGAGAGUAAAGCCACAACAUUAACAGUGCCAGAGCAGCAAAGAACCACUCAUCACCGCUCACGUUCCGUGUCUCCUCAUCGCGGCGAUGAUCAGGGAAGGCCGCGUUCACGUUUACCAAAUGUGCCAUUACAGAGGAGCUUAGAUGAAAUUCAUCCAACACGAAGGUCACGUUCUCCAACCAGACACCAUGAUGCCUCCCGAAGUCCAGUCGAUCACAGAUCCAGACAUAUGGAAAGUCAGUAUUCAUCGGAACAAGACAGUGAGCUUCUCAUGCUGCCCAGAGCAAAACGAGGACGAAGUGCAGAAUGCCUUCACACGACCAGCGAGCUGCAGCCCUCCCUUGGCAGGGCUAAGAGUGCUAGUACCAACUGCUUGAGACCAGACACUAGUUUGCAUUCACCAGAACGAGAAAGGGGUAGAUGGUCCCCCUCCCUAGAUAGGAGGCGACCUCCUAGCCCCAGGAUUCAAAUCCAGCAUGCAUCUCCGGAGAAUGACAGGCACUCCAGAAAGUCUGAAAGAUCUAGCAUCCCAAAACAGACUAGGAAAUGCACAGCCUCUGAUGCAGACAGGGUUCUCCCAUCAUGCCUUUCUAGAAGGGGAUACGCAAUCCCAAGAGCAGCUGAUCAAGCAGUCGUUAGGGGAAAGCAUCCCACUCGCUCGCGGUCCAGCGAGCGCUCUAGUGUCAGAACCCUGUGUUCUAUGCACCACCUUGCCCCUGGAGGCUCGGCGCCACCUUCUCCGCUCCUGACAAGAACGCACCGACAAGGAAGCCCGACGCGGUCUCCGCCAGCAGACACAUCCUUCAGCAGUCGCCGGGGAAGACAGCUUCCACAGGUGCCAGUUCGAAGCGGCAGUAUAGAACAAGCAAGCUUAGUAGUGGAGGAGCGAACAAGACAGAUGAAAAUGAAAGUUCACCGGUUUAAGCAGACAGCGGGGUCUGGGUCUAGUCAAGAACUUGAUCGCGAGCAAUACUCCAAGUAUAACAUACAUAAAGAUCAGUACAGAAGCUGUGAUAACGUCUCCGCCAAGUCAUCAGAUAGUGAUGUCAGUGAUGUGUCCGCCAUUUCCCGAACCAGCAGUGCCUCACGCCUCAGCAGCACAAGCUUUAUGUCCGAGCAAUCUGAGCGCCCCAGGGGUAGGAUCAGUUCAUUUACCCCCAAAAUGCAAGGCAGACGGAUGGGGACUUCAGGAAGAGCCAUCAUCAAGAGCACCAGUGUAAGUGGAGAGAUAUACACACUGGAGCAUAAUGACGGCAGCCAGUCUGACACUGCUGUGGGGACCGUUGGAGCAGGCGGAAAGAAGCGGAGAUCCAGCCUGAGUGCCAAGGUGGUCGCCAUCGUCUCUCGAAGAAGCAGAAGCACAUCGCAGCUCAGCCAGACGGAGUCGGGCCACAAGAAGUUAAAAAGUACCAUCCAGCGGAGUACGGAAACGGGAAUGGCAGCCGAAAUGCGGAAGAUGGUGAGACAGCCGAGCCGAGAGUCCACGGAUGGCAGCAUCAACAGUUACAGCUCCGAGGGGAACUUAAUAUUCCCUGGAGUUCGAGUAGGACCCGAUAGUCAGUUCAGUGAUUUCCUUGAUGGACUGGGGCCAGCUCAGCUUGUUGGCCGCCAAACCCUCGCCACCCCUGCCAUGGGUGAUAUCCAAAUCGGAAUGGAGGAUAAAAAGGGCCAAUUGGAGGUUGAAGUUAUCAGAGCCCGGAGCCUUACACAAAAGCCUGGCUCCAAGUCUACCCCUGCACCCUAUGUGAAAGUUUAUCUGUUGGAAAAUGGAGCCUGUAUUGCCAAAAAGAAGACAAGAAUUGCACGGAAAACUCUUGACCCUUUGUAUCAGCAGUCCCUUGUUUUUGAUGAAAGUCCACAGGGUAAAGUUCUUCAGGUGAUCGUCUGGGGUGACUAUGGAAGAAUGGACCACAAAUGCUUUAUGGGUGUGGCUCAAAUCUUGUUGGAAGAACUUGAUCUGUCCAGCAUGGUGAUUGGAUGGUAUAAAUUAUUCCCUCCGUCAUCACUGGUGGAUCCCACCCUCACUCCCCUGACCCGUCGGGCUUCCCAAUCAUCUCUGGAGAGUUCAUCUGGGCCUCCCUGCAUCCGAUCAUAGUAAACUCUUACCCUUCCAACCAAACUUCACAUUUCAGGAUAAUUAUCAGAACCAGAUAUUUCAUGAUCAAGAGCAUUGUUGGAGACAGACAAUCAACUUGUGUUUUGCCUGUAGUAGUUUUUCGGUAUUACAUCCCAAUUGUUGUUUAAAACAUGGCUUCAUAUGACAGAACAAGGCAGACAUUCAGGUUACAGAGAGAAGACAUGCUAGUGAGAGUCACUGAUGCUUCCAGCAAAUAGGAAAAGAGGAAACGUCCAGUUCACACACACACACACACACACACACACCCCAAAUAGAACAAACUGGAAACUCUCACUCUGAAAAGUUAUACGUCACACGUUUCCACACAGACCACAAGCAGGGUUACUUCCCUGGUGUUUAAGGUUGUUUAGUUGUCUGUGUGCUUUAGUUACCUGUGUGCUGUUUGCUGGUUUCUUUUCUCCCCUUGUCUAUGUUUCUGUCUUCAUUGUCUUUGUGGUUUCUACUAGUUUUGGUUUUGUUUUUUGGUUGGUUUUUUUUUUUGGUAUUUUUUUUCCCCUUUGCAUUGUCAUAACAGGGUUAGUGGUGAUAACAGAGGCCCUUCCUUUCUUUUUCCAGAAGCACCAAAAAAGGGCUGAAGCAGUUUCUGUAGCAUUUUUCCCCGGAUGUUUUCAAAAGCUGGGUGAGGUGAAGCCAGGGAAGGGUACCACUGGCAGUCAGUUCUCAGUUCUUCCAAGUCUUGUAUGUACAACCCCUCCCCACCCCCCAAAAAAGAGCUCACCUUCCAAACUGGUAGUCACAGAAUCCCAUUUCAGUGAAGAGCAUAUCUGUUUGCAUUCCAGAUAAUUUGUUCAUGUUUUCCAUUGUUGACAUGAAAGACCAUGAAAGACUUUCAAGUCGAUCUGCAGCUAAUGCUGGGGAUGAAGGCUAGCCACAUAGUAUUGCUUCAGAAACCAUUUUGCAAUGCCUUUUACUUCCAGAUAACAAAAGGGAAAAAUGCUCACAUGUAGGAACCAUACUCUCAACUUCCCAAAAUGGUGACUAAAAGUGGAUUUGAGCCUAAGACACUUCCAGCUAUGCCCAGGCUUCUCAGCCAUGCUUCAGUGUAGACUCUCCCCUCUGCCCUGGAAAGAGCAUGGUAUGAGCUGGUUACUAUUGCCCUGGAAAUUCCAGGUCAUAUACUCUGCACUAAACUAAUGUUCUUAUUGAAUUUUAGUUUAUAUUUCUUUAAGGUCAAUGCAAGCACAAAGCUUGAUUUUUUUUUUUAAUGCACACGAUUUUACUUUGGGGGAAGCAAAAGAAUACAGUCCAAUUCCAAUUUGCAUAUUCUUCAUUUGGGUUUUCUUGGCCUUGGACCCCCCUUGUGACCCUCUGUGUAUGUUCUGCAGGUGCCUAGCCCUGCAGCUACAUCAAUGAUGCUCUCCCUCCUUUUAUGAGUCAUUCCAACUUUUGUGAUUUCACAGUUAGAGCAGCAUGACUUGGAGCUGUUCAAAGCUGCAUGCAUAUUUUGUAUAAAAAAAAUGAAAAAGAAAGAAAAAAGCAAAGAGACAAAAGGUUAUUUAAUAAUGUAUGUUAGCUCCACAUAGGCCAGCUUGUAUGUUGCAUGUACUUGUACAGUUUGCUUGUUAAUUAAUAUACUGAACUAAUCAAGAAAUCUAAGCCAUCCAUUUUUGUUACAGACAUUUUGCAGGUUUUAGCCAGACUCAGUACUUGGGUCUGGGGUGAAAUGUCUAUAGAUGGACCUUAUUUUUUACCCUCUGGAAAACGUGAUGUAGUAUGGACCAAAUUCCUUCUAAUAAAUAUUUUGGUGUAGAUUCCUCCCGUGGGGCUGUAACACAUGUAGACACUGUGUACACACUAGGUUUUAAUAUCCAUAGACAUACUGCCUGCACCAAGUGAAUUAUUUAUUAUGAUUUCCACAUGUCAGAAUUACCUGCCCAUCAUUCCACAGGGCACAGAUUGACCACCACUCACCAUGCUGUGCAGGAAGAACCGAAGCAAUUGGUGCACUUCUACUAGAUUCCGUUCUGUCUUAGUGGCCAACGACCAACUAAUUAUAAUUGGGUAGAAUCUUUCUAUUUUGACCACUUGUCUUAACACUCCCCUGUGCUUUUAAAUGAACUUCCCACUCAUGUAUGUAAACAUGUUUAAUAAAAUUUACUUUUCAUGUCAGUUAGUAGCCAUCUGUGUUCUAUGUUUUGCCAGCUUUCCAUUGUGGAUUCUUUGGUGCAAAAUGAGAGCCAGUUGGUGGGCAAGGGAGGCUGGGGUUUGCUGUCUGCUGCGGGCAUUUGAUUGACCUGUCACUGCACUAUAUAUGUCUUAACUUAUGACCUGAGAGGUACUUUGCAUUACAAUAUGAGUAUUCACGUUGUCAGCCUGUCUAAGUGAGCACAUGACUAUACUUCUGAAAAGUGGCAUUAUUAAAAACAAUAAAUCUCAGUAAGAAUCGAAUAAAGGUUGUUUUCUCUGCUGCUGUUUGAAUGUGCUAAUAAAAGAGGCAACUCUA